AUGGUUCCAUCUAAACGGAAAACUGCAUCUUCUCCAACUCCCAAACAGCGUCGUUUCGGAGACAAAAUAGCGAUCCAUCAUUGCAAUAAUGACAAGAAGUUUUCGAAAAGGAAAUCAACAAAGGAAGAACCCAAUGCUUAUGUAGAACCUACUUUUGUGUCCGAUGUCAAGAAGGUACAGCUUCCAGAAGUUAGAGUGGUGGGACGAUUGACUGCGCUGCGAUGCCAGCCGCGCCUAACAGAUGAGCGUGUCGAUGUUGAAGCUUAUGUGAAGCGGCACGAAAAACAUGAAAAAGAAGAGAAGCAAAUUUUGAGAAGGUUAACUUCUAUUAUUGAAUUUCAUUGAUA